UUCCAUUUGUGGCUCAUGUGUUCCAACAGCAACAUCAACUAGUUGCUUCCUUCUUCGAGUUCUUUCCUUCCUCAUUCAUUUUGAUUCUGAAUCCUCACUCCUCAACACAACACUCUCUCACAACAACAGAGAAGAACAGAAUAGAACAUACAUAUAUCAAUAUCAUAUAACUGAGUUUGAGAUAUGAUGUUGUUUCCAUACCAACAAGUUUUGCACUCUCACUGAGAUAUGCCUUUGCUUGAAGUUGGAAAUGCACACCCUUCCUUUCACCAUCCAAAUCCUUUGAGUUCACAGAAGGUUCAAAUACCAUGUCAUGGCAAACAGUCAUCAGUUUCAUUUGCCUUUGGUCUUGGGCAGUGUGUUCCUUGUUCUUGGAAAUACUUGGACAACAAACUUAAUCAUAACAGUGUGAAAUUCAAUGUGAUUAAAGCAGUUGCUGCUACCCUUGAAGAACCAAAGAGUUCUUUGGCUCCAAAGGGAAAUGAAUGGUAUGGUCUAAAUCCUAGUAAUCCACCGAAGGUUCCACUUGAACCUAUGAACCAAUCUUCUAAUGAAGAUGAUGAUUCAGAAGAAAUUGAUGAAAGGGAGAAGUUGAGGAGAAUGAGGAUUUCAAAAGCAAAUAAAGGAAUAGCACCAUGGAACAAAGGGAAGAAGCACAGUGCUGAAACUUUGCGGAAAAUCAAAGAGAGAACAAGGCUUGCAAUGCAGAAUCCUAAGAUCAAAUUGAAGUUGAUUAAUAGUUCGCAUCCGCAGACUAUCGAAACAAGAGAGAAGAUUGGUGCUGCAGUGAAAAUGACAUGGGCAAGGAAGCGUGAAAGGAGGGUGGUGCAGGAAACUUGCUGUCUCGAGUGGCAGAAUUCGAUUGCAGAAGCUUCUAAACAAGGCUAUGGUGGUCAGGAAGAGCUGCAGUGGGACUCCUAUGAAGUAUUGGAUGAACAGCUGAAGCUGGAGUGGACUGCAGAAGCUAUCUAUGCAAAAUGGUCUGAUCCUGGAUAUCGCAAAAGAGUUUGCAAUGCUAUGACCAAGGAUCAUGGCACCAAAGGAUCCGAAACGAAACCAAGAAGGCAGCCAAGUGGUGGUUCACAAAGGAGGAAACCUACAAUGAAAAAAGAUACUAAAAUUGUUAAGCAGGUUCUGUCAAAGAAAAGCAAUGCACCUCCCUAUAAAGAUCCUUUGGUGAGUUCAAAGCUGGCAAUGAUAAAGAGCAUUAGAGCUCAGAGAGGUGUUACUGAAACUAAACAAGCCAAUGCCAUUGAACAAGCAAGAUUGUUGAUUGCUGAAGCUGAGAAGGCGGCGAAGGCACUCGAGGUUGCAGCAACGAAGAGUCCCAUUGCUCAAGCUUCUCUCAGGGAAAGUAGAAGGCUUAUAGCCGAAGCAAUCGAAUCGCUGGAAUCAAUACAUAAGCGAGGGACAAUAAGCAAUGCUGUUUCUGUUGCUAUGACACAAACAAACAAGGAACAAGAUGAAGAGUUUGAAGUUCUGAACCAACCAUUCAUGUUCCCAUUAAAUGGACACAAAACACUAUCAUUAAGUGAUAACAAGAAGUUGGUUAAUGGUAGUUCAGAACUUCCUCUAACAAGUUCCAAUGGGUAUGCUUCAUAUGAUGCUAGUUUUAGCAGGAAGAUAGAGGAAGCAACAAGUUCAUCGUAUGAAGAGAAGGAAGCAGAACCAAGAAGAGCUAUUGUAACAAGAAAAUGGAUUUGUGGAAGGCUUGUUGAAGUAGCUGAAUAGAUAAAACAGUAGAGAGUUGUUAGAGAGGAACCUUAGCUUAGGUAGCUCAAAGUACAAACAUCUUUAUGUUUGGUAAGUUAAAAGGAUAGUAUAUGUGUACUUUAUAUUUUUCAAAGUUAGUUU